GGGGCCCCAUGCCACGGCCGCUCCGCCUCGCAAUCAGUCGCCCCUAAGUCUCAGGUUUGUACGCAGCAUCCCGACACUUUAUCUCCUUACGAUCCACACAUAAUUUAAUCUGUUGAUUGGUGACCGAGAGGCUCAAUUAUGUAUUUUCCCGCAUCGAACUGUGCAUAAAAGUAGUCGGGUUGCUAGCGCACAAUGGCGUACGAACGCCAAGUACGGUGUUCGGUCGGCGCCGGGUUGUUGUUAUUGUACGUCGGUGUGGCGGCGCAGCCUUUUUCCGUCGAGAAAAUAGUCGUCGGUGCCAUAUUCGACCAAAACACCGAGGAGAUUCAAAACGUGUUUAAGUACGCAAUGAACACUCAUAACCAAAACAUCAGCAGUCGUCGUCUGGAGUUGCAGGCAUACGUAGACGUCAUCAAUACUGCGGAUGCAUUCAAGCUCAGUCGGCUCAUAUGCAACCAAUUUGCUCGCGGCGUGUUCGGCAUGCUCGGCGCGGUGACGCCCGAAUCGUUUGAUACACUCCAUUCCUACACCAACACCUUUCAGAUGCCGUUUGUAACUCCAUGGUUCCCCGAGAAGGUGAUACCGCCUUCGUCGGGAUUGAUCGACCACGCAGUGAGCAUGAGGCCUGAUUAUCACAAGGCAAUUGUAGAUACAAUCGUGUGGUAUGGCUGGACCGAGAUCAUCUACAUGUACGACUCCCAUGACGGAUUACUUCGUCUGCAGCAGUUGUAUCAAUCAAUGCAGCCAGGCCGCACGGUGUUCCGGAUCUCUCUUGUGAAACGGAUUACCAACGCAUCGGAAGCGAUGGACUUUUUGCUGGCACUGGAACAACAUGACCGGUGGGGCAACAAGCGUAUUGUACUCGAUUGCAACGCAAAAAACGCCAAAAGCAUUCUAGUCGAACAUGUUCGGAAAGUGCAAUUGGGCCGAAGAACUUACCAUUACAUGCUCAGCGGACUGGUUAUGGACGACCACUGGGAGAACGAAGUAACCGAGUACGGCGCAGUCAACAUUACCGGGUUCCGCAUCGUCGACCACUCGCGCAAGAUUGUGCGCGAUUUCAUGGACGGUUUGCGAAGAAUGGACCCUCGAUUCAAGGGAACCAUAUCGGCCCAAGCUGCACUCAUGUACGACGGAGUGCAAGUAUUAAUGGAUGCACUUGGCAGGCUUUCGAGAAAGAAACCAGACGCAUUCCGCAACGCUCUUCGCAGGGCCGCCGGUCAAGCUAACUCUACCAAAGUCAUCGAUUGUAACCCUGGCAAAAACUGGGUGAUACCCUUUGAGCACGGCGACAAGAUAUCUAGGUUAAUUAAAAAGACUGAUAUAGAAGGUCUUACAGGAAAUAUAUCGUUCAAUGAAGAGGGGCAUAGGCACAAUUUUACAUUACAAGUGGUUGAGAUGACUGUUCAGAGCGCCAUGUUGACGGUUGGAACAUGGACAGACGCAAACGGUCUCUCCGUGAGCUCUCCUAAGCAAGUACAGCUUAAAUCACCCGCAUCUUACGAUACCAACAAAACAUAUAUAGUCACAACAAUACUACAAGAACCUUACUUGAUGCAAAACUCUAAAACGGAUCACGCACUGCCUGAAACCCAAUAUCAUGGGUUUUGCAAGGAUUUAGUUGAUCUUCUGGCUCAGAAACUUAAAAUAAAAUAUGAGUUGAGACUCGUACAAGAUGGGACGUAUGGAUCGGAAACCCCGCCCACAGGUUGGUCCGGUAUAGUUGGCGAAAUAGUUCGAAAGGAAGCGGAUAUCGCUGUGGCUCCUUUGGCUGUGACCCCCGAACGUGAAAUGGUGGUGGAUUUUAGUGAAGCUUUCCUUUCAAUGGAUUAUCCAAUCAGCCACGCAAAAACUCCCAAGCAACUGGCAGACACUUUCAGUUUUCUUCGGCCGUUGUCAAAGGAGAUUUGGCUUUGCGUCCUCUUCAGUUUCUUUGCAGUCAGCAUAGUACUAUUUCUUGUGUCAAGAUUUUCACCUCACGAAUGGCGGUCGGUUUCUAUAACCGACACUCAUUUGGAUCACCCAAUAAGCAGCGCUAAUGAGAUUAUCCUGCACAAUGAAUUCAGCAUAUGGAAUUCGUUUUGGUUUUCGCUUGGCUCAUUCAUGCAACAAGGCAGCGACGUGGUUCCUAGGUCACUCUCGGGCAGAAUUGUUGGCACGGUGUGGUGGUUCUUUGCUCUGAUACUGGUCUGUUCAUACACGGCAAACCUGGCUGCCUAUCUUAUAGUGGAGCGCUUAUCAGAGCCAAGCCAGUCCAUCACCUCGCUACCAAGCAUGCCACAAACCCAACAGAACAGUAUAGACGCAACAGUCUUGAAUGAGGAUCUUGCCCAAUUCUCAUUUGAAAAAGAAGGGCAAUGCGGUUCCACGCCACGCGCUUGUCGCUACAAACAUGUCAACUUUGCUAUCGCCACUGCCAAGGGAUCGCCCUUAAGAGAGGUGAUAAAUCUUGCCAUUGUCGAAAUGAAAGCGACCGGAGUUAUAUCGAAGCUGUGGCGUAAAUGGGUUCUCGAGACCAGAAAAUCGGACUGUGACGAAGGAAAGGACGAGGAAACGAGUAUUACGGAAAUGACGCUUAGUCAAGUAGCCGGCAUAUUCUACGUGCUGGUGGGCGGUCUGGCGCUGGCGCUGGGCGUGGCGCUGCUGGAGUUCUGCCAGCACGGGCGCGCGGAGGCAGCGCGCGCCAACGUGUCGCUGCGCGCCGCGCUGUCCGCCAAGGCGCGCCUCGCCUCGCGCGCCGAUCACAAGCCCUCGCAUGCCCACACGCACGCCUCCAGGCAGAUGCAGCGCGAGCAUGAUCGACUUGGGUGGAAUGGCGCAGCUUUCGCAGGGUACUUCGCCGCGGGUACGCAGAUCGCUCAGGACGACGCCGUACACGCCAGCUUCACGCACGUCUGAUCCGCGGAGAAGGGCGGCGCUAACGUGCGCCGCUCCUCGCUCACCAAGCCCGCUAACGCCGUCGACCUGUAUCAGUUAUAAGCGCAACCGGCUCAGAGCCUACUCAACCAACGUGUCUC